AUGUGGGCUUCUUCGAUUCUGGUCACCCUGGUGGGACUAGGCCUGUUGGUCUCUUCGAGCACGGCUGGAUACGUGCUCCAAGACGACUACAGCGCCGAUCAGUUCUUUUCCAUGUUCGACUUUUUUACCGACCCGGAUCCAACGAACGGCUACGUCCAAUAUGUGGACCAAAGCACCGCCCAGCAAGGCGGCCUCAUCAACAACAACAACGGCGCCAUAUACAUGGGCGUCGAGCACUCCAACGUGGCCUCGGGCUCGGGCAGACAGAGCGUCCGGCUCACGAGCAAGAAAUCCUACACGCACGGCCUCAUCGUGCUCGACCUGGCACACAUGCCUGGCGGCAUCUGCGGCACGUGGCCCGCCUUCUGGACCGUGGGACCCAACUGGCCCAACGCGGGGGAAAUCGACAUCAUCGAGGGCGUGAAUUCGCAGGUCGCCAACUCCAUGGCCCUGCACACGGGGCCGGGCUGCAGUGUGGCCAACAACGGCCUCUUCUCCGGCCGAGUGUCGACGCCCAACUGCGACGUCAAAGCCGCGGGCCAGCCGGGCAACGCGGGCUGCGCGAUCCUGACGCCCAACGACCAAAGCUACGGCACGGGCUUCAACCAGGGCCAAGGAGGCGUCUACGCGACCGAGUGGACCUCGCAGGCCAUUAACAUCUGGUUCUUCCCCCGCGGUGCCAUCCCCUCGGACCUCUCCAGCGCCAGUGCCACUCCGGACCCGAGCGGUUGGGGCCAGCCGAUGGCGUCGUUCGACAACUCGGGAUGCGACAUUGACGAGUUCUUCAACGACCACCAGAUCGUCUUUGACACCACCUUCUGCGGCGACUGGGCCGGCAACGUGUGGACGUCGGACCCCGUGUGCAGCUCCAAGGCCCCGACGUGCGAGGCUUUCGUGCAGAACAACCCCUCGGCCUUCCAGGAUGCCUUUUGGACCGUCAAUUCGCUCAAGGUAUUCCAAUCGACGGGAGGCGCCGAGGGGCCACCUUCUCCGCCCAUUCCCGGCAUCCCGGGCCCUGGCGUCACCGUGUCGGCGUCCGUGUCGCUGCCAUUCCCCGCCCCGCCGCCGUCGGGAGUUCCACCCGUCAUCCCCGCGCCUGGCGCUCCCACUACUACGAGUUCCUUCUCGUACGGCGGUGGUGGUGGCGGAGGCGGCGGCCGGCACACACGCACCUUCGGCACCUGGGGCGCGAACUUUGUAGCCGUCCCGUCCGCGACAGGAUCCGCGACUCUUGACGCGAGAACUCCCACCGCGACGGUCGGGCCUCCCCUCCCGCUGGUGACGGAUUCAGCUUCCGUGGAUACGACUGACGAUACAGAAGUUGGUACCGAUACCGGAACCGACACGGCCAAGGACAAGGACACAUACAUGACCGUGACUGCGCUGGGCGAGGAAGAUUUCCAUCCCCAUUCCCAUGCCGACGCCCAUGCCCGUCCGCGUCGCACUUAUGCUCACGCGCACCUGCACGAGCACGCCCAUCUAAGCCAGCGCGAGGAUAGUGGGCAAGCGCGACGCGACGGGACGAUCGAGCCGAGGUUCGUGGCCGUGUCUGAGCAGAGAAAGGAAGAAGAGCAGGAAGAGCAAGAAGAGCAUGAGGAAGGAGUGCUCCUCGGCGAUGUCCCCGUGGCGGAGGCGUUCAAGACGCAUCUGUCGAGACAUCGGCGGCAUUUGUUCAGCCAUGCCUUUCCUGCCGCGGGGAGUGAGGAGUGA